AUGAGCCAAUUCAACAAAGCGACUCUUAAAAUCCGAGACCUCAAUCCAGCCGUCGCCCUUCAUCAUUUGACUACAGCUUUGAAGCCGGGACCGUUUGCCAACAGCAUCUGCAAAAAACCCCCGUCCGACAUGGAUGAUUUGAGACGCCGCGCCGACAAGUACAUGCAAAUGGAGGAGCUCGCGGAAUUCCGCAACCAAGCCAGGGCAGAGGUAGCGCCCAAGGCCGAGAAGCCGACCGAAAACUCCUACCGCAGUCGUCCCAAAGACCUGGUCCCAAGAGAAAAGCCCGUUCGCGGACCAAGAUACACUCACUACACUCCCUUGAACGCCAGCCGAUCGACCGUACUGGACCAAGCGCUUGCGGCGGAAGUCCUGGCGGUACCAAAACGAGCGUCAACUCCCCCGCGUGCCGACACAACCAAAUCCUGCAGAUACCACCGCAAUCGGGGUCAUUCGACUGAGGAAUGUGCAGCCCUGAAAGACAAAAUUGAAGAUUUAAUAAAACAAGGGCAACUCCAACGAUUUGUCGAUCGACCUCGUUCUCCCCGAUACGACGAUCGUCGACAUCGCCAAGAUCAGUCCGACCGAAACAGAUCCGACAGGCUUCAUUAUAGGGAACGAAGCCGGUCAAGGGAUCGAAAGGAAGAGGAACCAACAACUCAACCCCGAAGGGUCAUUAAUACUAUCGCCGGUGGAUUUGCAGGCGGAGGCCCGACCUCCUCAGCACAAAAGAGACAUCUGCGAGCCGUUCGGACCGUUCACGCGGUCGAACGCACAAGACAGAGACUGCCCACCAUCACCUUCACCGAAGCUGACUUUAAAGGUAUUGAUCCAGACCAGGACGAUCCCAUGGUCAUCAGUGUCGAAAUCCACAACUGCAUUGUUCGGAAAACGUUGGUCGAUCAAGGUAGCUCGGCCGAUAUCCUCUACUGGAAUACCUUUAAGCAACUUGGCAUCCCGGAGGCUGAGCUAAUCCCCUACAACGAGCCCUUGGUUGGAUUCUCAGGUGAACGUGUCCAAACCAAAGGAUAUAUCAAGUUAUCUACUCGUUUUUGCUUCGACGGUACCGAAGCCCGAGACAUUCCGGUCAAGUACGUGGUGGUGCAUGCCAACACGUCAUACAACAUCCUUCUCGGAAGGCCGUCCCUCAACAGGUUGGGUGCUAUCGUGUCGACUUCGCACUUAGCCAUGAAAUUUCCUUCUGAAUCGGGCCGAAUUAUCACGGUCCAUGCGGAUCAGAAAGCGGCUAGGGAAUGUUACUUUGCUAGCCUCCGGCUACCCCGUCUCGAUACAUGA